GGAAGCCUGAGCCGCAUCUUUCUCUCCCUCUGGAGGCGGUGUGGUCUGAGGUUCCCGCGAGUGUUUGGAGAAGAGGGAGGAAGGCUCUCAUCAUUCAGGAUGGCUAACAAGGAAAACAUGAGCAGCCUUUCCAAAUACCGGGUCCCCAGCCUGACGGGCACUCAGCGAGUUGCCUGUAAGGAUACCUGCACUCCAGCCAGCACUCCGUCUGGGUCACUCUUGCUUCAGAGAGCCAUGAAUAGCACAAAGCCCAGCCUGAGGCCGUAUAGUGCUCAGAACCCAGUUGUCCCAGGCAGGGUCCUGGUGGAGUCGGGUCUCACUGCCCCGCCAGCGCAGGAAAGGCCAGAGCGAGUCCUCACCAUCCAUGACUUUGAGAUUGGGCGGCCGCUGGGCAAAGGGAAGUUUGGCAACGUCUACCUGGCCCGGGAGAAGGAGUCCAAGUUCAUCGUGGCCCUCAAGGUGCUCUUCAAGUCCCAGAUGGAGAAGGAGGGCGUUGAGCACCAGCUCCGGCGGGAGAUCGAGAUCCAGUGUCACCUCAGCCACCCCAAUAUCCUGCGACUCUAUAACUAUUUCCAUGACAAGUCGCGUGUCUACCUCAUCCUGGAGUAUGCCCCUCGUGGGGAGCUCUACAAGGAGCUGCAGAAGUAUCAGCGUUUUGACGAGAAAAGGACGGCCACGUACAUGGAAGAGCUGGCUGAUGCCCUCAUCUACUGUCACAGCAAGAAGGUGAUCCACCGGGACAUCAAGCCGGAGAACCUGCUCAUGGGGCUCAAGGGGGAGCUGAAGAUUGCCGACUUUGGCUGGUCGGUGCACGCCCCUUCGCUCCGGAGGAAGACGAUGUGUGGAACCCUGGACUACUUGCCUCCCGAGAUGAUCGAAGGCAAAGCCCACAACGAGAAGGUUGACUUCUGGUGCAUUGGCAUCCUGUGCUACGAGUUUCUGGUGGGGCACCCGCCCUUUGAGGGCGCCUGCCACUUGGAGACCUACCGUCGCAUCGUGGCGGUGGAUUUCAAGUUCCCACCAUUUGUGACAGAAGGUGCUCGGGACCUGAUUACAAAGCUUCUCCGCCGUAACCCAGCUGACCGGCUACCGCUGCAGGCUGUGAUGGAGCACCCCUGGGUGAAAGCCAACUCUCGGCGGGUGCUGCCUCCUGUCUUUAAUGCUGCACCCCCGAAAUAACUGUACACAGACACAGGAGGAAGAACUGGACACAGUGUUUGGUAUUCUCUUUUGACUUGGGAGAAACGGGGCAUUCUCCAGCAAUUUUUAUCGAACUCUUCUUGAAUUCCCAAAGGCUUCUGACGGAAGAGCUGAUAAGGUGGCUGGUGAUCCUUGAGUGCCUGGGAACUCAAAACUUUCUCCCUAUGCUUUGACAACAUGAUUUUAAUCGUCCAUUCUGAAAGCAACGGAAGCAAAUUCAGUUGAAUUUACAGGUCUUGUGCCUUUACAUAUUAAAUGCACAUGUUCCCCUGUUCUUAGCUUUUAGUCGUGUGUGUGUGUGUGUGUGUGUGUAUUUUCUACUGUAACUUUUAUUUGUAAUAAAACUCCUAUGGGCAUGGUCAA